GUAUACGAGCGGUGCCUACGGCCAGUGCGCGCCUCCAGCGCCUGUGCGGCACGGACAGGUCUGAACGGCUAUUCAGAAGUGAGUCCACGCCAAGGACGUGCACUGGGCUUGGAGGCGCUGCUGGUCAGCUAGGAGGCUGGGCGGUGGCGUCUUCGUGACUGGUGGCGAGCAGCUGCGGCUAUGACACUCCACACCGCUGCGGCGAUCGCUGUGGCCGCCCUGUGCGCGAACUCCGUAGCCGCGGUCUUGGGCGGGCUGGACCGGCGCAUCCGCUGCGGCUGCCGCGUGGUCGGCUUCGGCCACGUGCAAAUAGACAUCGGCUGCGGCUACAGCAAGGAAAAUGCUUACUCGCACGGAAUAGAAGGGAAGAACAUUACGUGCAGGAAAGAGGAGACGGCGUUCAUCCCUCGCGGCCACGAGCUGGUGGCCGGCGUGGGGCUGUACAAGGUGCACCGGGCAGCCGCCGACCAGGCCGCGGCGGCCUCCCGCUGCCGGUUCGAGGGCGGCGAGCUGACGGUGCCCGCAGACCCGGCGGAGGCGGACGCGCUGGCGGCGCUGCUGAGGCGCGCGCACGUCGCCGCCGCGCUCACCGCCAUCUCGGACCGCGACGACGAGGGCCACUUCAGGGCCAACCUAGGAGGGUCUCUGGACGCGGCGCUGCGCGGCCGCUGGGAGGCGCGCCAGCCGGACAACGGCGGGCUGUCGCUGCGCCGCGAGGACUGCGUCACGCUGAGCAGCGGCGCCCUCUUCAACGACGUGCCCUGCGACCAGCCGCUGCCCUUCGUCUGCAAGCUGCCGCUCUACCCCGUGCCUCCAGCCGGCUACCAGUACAUACCAGGCCUGGGCUUCUACAAGCGAUACACAAAACCAGAGAAAUACGAGGAGGCGAAGCAUAUCUGCGAAGGGGACGGCGGGCACCUCGCAGUACCGGACACGUUUGAGGAGGCCGAGGAGCUGCUCAAGCUGGGGGCUGGUGACAGCCGCUCCUCCUGCGUCGGCAUCAGUGACAUCGAGAGAGAAGGAAGCUUCGUCACCGUCAUGGGCCAAUCGUUGGGUGAGUUGGCGUUUGACAACUGGGCUCCGGACGAGCCGAAUAACUUCCUGCACUUCCUGGGGGGCGAGGACUGCGUGGAGCUGAAAGCGUCUGGCCUGCUCAACGACAUCAACUGCGGCACCGCGCUGCCGUUCUUCUGCGAGAGACCGUUGCCCUCCAGAGUGAGGUAGCCGCUGCGCGUCCUGCAGGUCGGCGCACCCCUCCACCAGGAGCAACACGCCAUCGGAGAUGCUCUACAAUUCAGCAGCACCUCCUUCUAGGGAUUAGGUGCUAUACUCACCUGCUGCUGUCUCUAUCAUCUGUCCGCCCCUUACGAGGUCUCCCCAGUUUCCUCUUUCUGUUUGGCAGACAAUUUAUUUAUUUUCUCUUAAUAAUCUAUUUCCUAUCAUUCCAUCAACAAGUACCUUCCAUUUCAUUAAGUUGUCUUCUAUCUCGUCAUUAACUGCAAAAUUUUUAAAUCUGAUCUUACUAACUCAUUCCUUUGUUGGUUAGUUAGAUACGUGUUCCAUGGAUCCUUUUGCACGAUUGUUCGUAAUGACGGGGAGCGAGUCAUUAUAUUCGCAUCGCAAAUUAAUUUGUACACAUGGUUACAUUCUGAACAUUUCCAAGAUUUUUUCGAAAACAAAAAACAUAUACAGAUGUUGUGAGUUAGUAAGAUUCAGCCACCAUUUAUACAACUUACAGUAAUAGAAAUUCUUCUGUGGAAUGCAAAGGGUUGUCAAGAUGAAAAUUUCCCAGUUUGUUUCCAAAUUUUACUCUGCUGUUUGUCAGACAUUUUAUAUCACUGGAUAAGUGAUCAAAAAGUUUUGUUGCAGCAUUGUGCAGCCCUUUUUGUGCUAAAGACACCUUAAUGUAGAGUAAUGAAUGUCUUUUUUGCUUGUCGUACUGUAAUUCUGCACAUCAUUGUUCCUUUUGAACUGAAAUGGAUUGUUUACAACAAACUUCACGAGGGAAUAAAUAUACUGUGAAACACUGGUCAGAAUGCCCAACUUUGUAAACAGAUGUCUACAAUACCAUCGAUGGUGAACAACACAUAAUAUUGUUACAGCACGGUUUUGUGUAAUGAAAAAUGUUAUUCUUAAAGAUGAGUUAUCUCAGAACAUAUGACAUUACAUGAAUGUGCUUGUUACAAUUUAAAUUCGCAUCAAAGUAGACAUCACAUAAUUUUUAAGUUUCCACCCUAUUUAUUAUUUUCUCGUCAUGUGUUGCAGUUGUCGUUGGUGCAGUACCCCUAGGUGUGAAGUAGUGAAUAUGUUGUGUCUAUUAUAAACGGAGCGUGUGAUCUUCUCCAGAACACCAGUCAAUGAUACUUUUAAGAACGUUACUUACUGUUUAUUCUGUUUAUUUUAGACAUGGGUCUCUAUUCACUCGGUGACUAGCUAGACAGAAUCAAACAGUCGCAACUUCGACACCACUGAUAGCUACAUGAAGACAUUCAAUAAGUUCCUGAUUCAGUCUCUGGAAUUAUAACAACGUAGUGUUAAGGGCGAUGUUUCAAAAAGUUCCGUCGCAUUUCACAAGAUUAUAUAUUUUGGAUAAAUGAAAAUACAAUAUUAGGGAGCAUUUACACUUAGGCACAGGAGUAAAACAAAUUUAUUUUACUUACAUGGUCAUAAAACCUUUUGGUGUCUUUUGCACUUAAAUUUAGAAUCUAAGUUACGAUUUGCCUUUCACAACUGCUCAGUGUGGAAUCUGCUGUUCUCUCUUUUGCUCACCUUGAUCGUUGUAACUGCAACAACUUCUCCUAUUCCCUUCCUCCGUGGAAUUAUCAAAAGCAAAAUAGUCACCUAUGGUGUAGCAUCAUCAACACAAUCUUCACCAAUUUUCUUUAUAAAAAAGACAAAAGAAACACUCUUUGUUCUGUUUUCACCCCAUUAUUUUACUAGUUUUAACUACACAUAAACUAUGUCACUAUUUUUAAUAACACUGCAGUUUUUAAGAACACAGCAAUAUAGCUGCUGCCGGGCCCCCGUCUGCAUGUGGUGAUGAUGAAGUGUAUACAAAGGAAAAAAAUCAACCCUGCCACAACAGAAAUCCGCUAUGUCGGCACAAGAGAAGAAACAGUACUAAGAGCCUGGAGCUACAUCGGAGAACAGCCAUGCGUAAGAUUCUUGAAAAGAAGAAGCUGUAUACUGAAGCAACAACAUAACACUGCCCAGUCUGCUGCGUAUGAUGCACAUCCGGUGAAGAAGAUCGUUGCACUAUUGCAGCGGAGUGCAACAAAUAGUCAUAGAUUUGCAAUAUGACUUCUUGUUGCGUAAAUUUUAUUUGCUUGAGUGUAGAAACGUUCUACUUCAUCAUUUUGACGAGCUGUUAUACAACAUUGUUCUUAUGUUUACUGUUUGUUGCUGCUACUAUCUUUUUUAAAGAUAUUUGUUGUAUGUCUUUGUAUUCAGGUUAACUAAUAGCUCAGGGACCGAAACCGGUUAUGACAAUAAAUACGUUUCUUCUCUAUUGAAA